AGCAAAAAAAGAUGAUUGUGAUGUAAAGUGCUUUUUUUUUCUGGUGAAAUGAAUAUUAUUUUACUUGAGCCCUGUGCUGUAUAAAUAAUAGUGAAUUUUGAUUUUAUUGAGCCUUCAUUACUGAUAAGAAAUUAUUGGAAGACAGAGAAGGUGCAACUUUGUGUAAAAAAUAAUUUUUGUGUUCUAUCCAAUGUGUUCAAGUUAUAUUAAACGUGUUAGUUAGUGAUUCGUAAACUUUUUUACUAAAAGAACUACCAAGUGUAACAAGUGACCCAUGUGAACUAAAAACCUUCAAGAUGGAGGACACGACCAAGCAGCCAAGCCUCAACACAGGCCUCAUAGUACCCAAAGAGGAGAUCAUAGAGAAUGUAGAAAUAACUUACGAAGACGACUGUGAAGACAGCAAAGAGUUUAUUGUGCCUAAGGAAGAGUUGUCAAACUCCAGCCUACACCUAGAAGAUGAAUAUGACCAAACUGUGAUGCCUAUCAAAACUGAACUGACGUUGAGUAAAGAGAUCAGUCAGAUACGGAGUCAACAAGAGAUGCUGGAGCAGGGGGAGUCUUCGGGAUACGUAGAGAUUAAGAGCUCACGCCGCCGCCACGUCCACCUGCACGUGGAGACGGAGCGAGUUAUCGAGGAGGUGCGGCGGCGCCCGGCGCUGUGGGACCUGUCGGAUGCGCUGUACAAGGACCGCGACGCGCGGGCGCGCCUGUGGGUGGAAGUGUUCGAGGAGCUGUUCCCGGGGUAUGCUGAUGAGGAGGAGCAUCGCCAGAAGGACAUUGAGAAAAUGGUGCAACAGCGAUGGAAAACGGCACGAGAUGCUUACAUCCGCUGCAGGAACAUAAUCAAGAACAACUCCUCAUCAGAAAGUGGCAGGAAGAAGGUGUACGUGUACUUCGACGACAUGAGGUUCCUUGAUAAGAAGCACUUGGCUCAAGACGACAGCUGUGACAAUCACCAAGCUAUUCCAACCGCAAGCAAUAUAGAUGCACCCAGCAAAUCCAAUCAUGAAGUACAGGGAACAUCAAAUCGUUAUACACAAACGGCAAAUCGUGGUUCAACGUCAAAUUGUGAUACAUCAACGCCGAAACGUGACACGUCAACGUCAAAACGUGAUACAUCAACGCCAAAACGUGAUACAUCAACGCCAAAACGUGAUACGUCAACGUCAAAACGUGAUACAUCAACGCCAAAACGUGAUACGUCAACGUCAAAACGUGAUAAAACAACGCAAAAUCUUGAUACGUCAAAUCGUGAUUCUAGUAUGUCAAAUCAUAGAGCCAGUACUUCAAAACGAGAUACAUUGGCCAUGUAUGAUACACCUGGACCGUCAAUUGAUACACAAACGUCAAAUGAUACACAAAAUAUAUCAAAUCAGGAUUCACUCCCGCCAAAAAGCACUUUGAAUGACGACACAGCAUCACAAAGAGUUUUUACAGAAAAUCAUCCAAACAAACGUCUGAAGAAGGGUCAAAGGAAACGAAAACAAGCAGGCACGGAUUUUGAAAAAGAAAUGCUCACUAUGUUCAGGGAACACACGAAACUUUUUCAAAACGAUGACCUAACUUUCUUCAUGUCUCUAUUACCGAUUACUAAGGCGUUUACAAAUCACCAGAAAUUGGUUUUUCGGUCCGAAAUACUCAAAAAGGCAAUGGAAAUCGAGAAUAUGCACAAUCCUUAUGAAACAAAACCUGAUUCAUCCCAUUCAUAAUCUAAUUUUGACUGCUGUUGCAUACAACAUUUAUAGCUCGUUCACACAGGCUGCGUAAGCGUAGACGUAGCGUGUACCAUUGCGUUGUAAUGUAUGGAGCUGUAUGAAAUAUGGCACACCGCUUGCGUAAAGCGUGGACGUAUGCGUAACCCGGUGUGUUAGGGGUUUACGCGUGUCACUACGCACGUGUCACGUGUACGCAAUUGGUGUGAAUCCGCCUUAUUUAAGGGCGGGACAUACGCAAGAGAGAGAUGCGUGAUGUUUGAAUAACGCAAAUCAAUAUUAUAUUAAUUUUUUACAAAUUAAUUAAUGUUUUUAAAUUUUAGAGUAUUCACUACUGUUCUAACCAAUGUAAUAAGCAAAGGACAGACAUACUUAAUUUAUUGAUGGGAUUACGUAACAGAGAAUCCUAUGCUAACUUCUCUCCGUGGAUAGGGUUUAGUGUGACAGAAUGUGCCAUAUUAGUGUCCCGUAUUGUAAUGUGCUAGAUAGAAUAACUCAAAAUUUAGAAAACCUCAACACAAAAACCUCUAUAAGAAAACUGGAAAAGAGCUGAUAACUUUCAAACGGCUGAACCGAUUUUCUUCGAUUAUAGCUAAGAUUUAAGAACU